GUACGGAGGUCACUGCCGUAUGAGCAUGGUGAGGUUAGUCUCUGAACUGGCGGACACGUUCAUUUAUUUUUUUGUCCUUGAAAACGGGAGAAAGAGCCGAGCGGAGAUCCACGAAAACAAGUCGGACAUGAACGGGGAGAUUGUAUGCAAUAGCCAUUCAGUCACUGUCUUAAGCUGCACAAACUCCAUAUCACCAGUUCACGAUGAAAUCAAGCUGACACAGCAGGGAAGGUGCUCUCCAAUAUGCUUCCAGCAAAAUAAUGCUCAGAGGCAGGGAGAGGGCAGGAGAACAAACCCCGUCAGCACUACACCAAAACACUCAAAGACUAAUUUCCCGGAGAUGGAGAGCAGCUACAGCCAGUGUUCACCCUGCUGGUCAGAUGAUCAGCCAUCGCCUCCGCAGCUCCACUGCGCUCAGAACUGCCUUCGUUCGCCCACCGAACUCCCCCUGCGCGACAGCUUUUCUCACGCUCCCCUCCUCGCCAACAACAACAACGGCAGCACUCUUCACAGCCACCAGAGGAGAGGCGUCCGCCUCAAACCCAAAGCAAAGAAAUCCACACUAAGAAUUGCAGGCGGAAAAAUCUCCCAAAACCGAAAAGUUACCGACUACUACCCAAUAAGAAGAAGCUCAAGAAAAAGUAAAACAGAGAUCGAGUGUGAAGAAAAGAAGCUCAUAGAUGACCUCAUCACAAAGGGAAUAGAAGAAGGAAUGGAGGUGCAGCACAUAGAAGGAAAGGGGAGAGCAGUGUUCGCCAGGCGGUGUUUCCAGAAAGGCGAGUACGUGGUGGAGUACCACGGAGACCUGCUGCAGAUCACCGACGCCAAAAAGAGGGAGGCUGAAUACGCUCUAAACCCUGCCACUGGCUGCUACAUGUACUACUUCCAGUACCUCUGCAAAACUUACUGUGUGGAUGCAACAAAAGAGACUGGUCGAAUGGGUAGGUUGAUAAAUCACAGUAAAAACGGAAACUGCCAAACCAAACUCCACGACAUCAACGGGGUCCCUCACCUCAUCCUCGUCGCCUCUCGAGACAUCGACGAGGGCGAGGAGUUGCUCUAUGACUACGGAGACCGCAGUAAAGCCUCCAUCGCCGCUCACCCUUGGCUCAAAUAUUGAUCCUCGAGAAAGGAAAAACAAAAAAAGGGAAACGUCUGAGAGCAACACCUGUGUUCCUCAUUCGUUAGUGUACAAAUGGCCUUAGAAACAGAAUGUGUACCCUUUGUUUUGUUCCGAUAUUGAGGAAGUAGGAUGAGGGGAAACAUGUUCCGGGGGGAGUUGUUGGGCUACUUAUCGCAUUUCGAUUAAUGUCUAUCUGCCUUGUCAGAGGACAUAUGUAUUUUUAUUUAUGUGUAUAUGAAACAUUCUGGUUGUUUUGCAGCACAUUUCUUUUGUACAUUUUGUAUUACCUAUAGACCAAUGCUUCUACCAGCAUGCAGGUAGUAGUUAAUGCUCUGCAUUUUUAUACGUUUUUCUUAAUUAGUAGUAAUUAGAAACUUAGCAAUACUUAUAAGGCCCCAGAGCCCUCUUUUCUUCGAUCAGCAAGAUCUAUGAGAUGCAAACUACAAAAUAUGUUCUGUUCAAGUGGAAUUUGAUUUCAGCCAUCAGAACUCACACAACCUACCGUUGUUUAAUAGUUUACCAAACUCAUGGUUCAGUUGACAUUUUUGGGUCUUAAUUACAAAGAAACCGUGAUGUGACUGACACUAGGUCAAAGUAUUCGUGUUGUACAGACUUUCAGGAUUAGAUAGAAAUACAGAAAAUAAUCUGUAGGUUUUCUCUUUUUUUCAUGCUUUAUUUUUAACCUAUAUUGAAUUUUUUUAAUGAUUAACACGCGCAACACACUUGAAUUAUCAUGUAAAGGUAUUUGCAUAUCAUGCAAAUACCUUACAGUAUAUUCUGCUGUGUCUCUAAAUACAAAUGUAUAUGGAAGUUUCUUAGGUAAAGAUUUACUAAUAUAAAUAGAGUCAAAUAAUUAAAAAACGGUUUCAAUUUC